ACGCCGCGGCGAGCGAUGAGGAUGGAGGCCGGCGAGGCGGCGCCGCCGGCGGGGGCGGGCGGCUGGGGCAAGUGGGUGCGACUCAACGUCGGCGGCACGGUGUUCCUGACCACCCGGCAGACGCUGUGCCGCGAGCAGAAGUCCUUCCUCAGCCGCCUGUGCCAGGGCGAAGAGCUGCAGUCGGACCGGGACGAGACCGGCGCCUACCUCAUUGACCGCGACCCCACCUACUUCGGGCCCAUCCUCAACUUCCUCCGGCAUGGGAAGCUGGUAUUGGACAAGGACAUGGCCGAGGAGGGGGUCCUGGAGGAGGCCGAGUUCUACAACAUCGGCCCGCUAGUCCGCAUCAUCAGAGACCGCAUGGAGGAGAAGGACUACGCCGUGACGCAGGUCCCGCCCAAGCACGUGUACCGCGUGCUGCAGUGCCAGGAGGAGGAGCUCACGCAGAUGGUGUCCACCAUGUCCGACGGCUGGCGCUUCGAGCAGCUGGUGAACAUUGGCUCCUCCUACAACUACGGCAGCGAGGAUCAGGCCGAGUUCCUGUGCGUGGUGUCCAAGGAGCUGCACAGCUCCCCACACGGGCUCAGCUCUGAGUCCAGCCGCAAAACCACGAGCGCGCAGGAGCCGCCGGAGGAGCAGCAGCAGGAGGAGGAGGAGGUGGAGGUGGAGGUGGCGCGGGUGCAGGUGGAGGCAGAUGCCCAGGAGAAAGCCCAGGCCUCUCGGGACCCCGCUAACCUUCCCUCCCCCCCACCGCCGCCUCCUCCGCUCCCCGCUGGAGGUUCCCGUCCGCGCCCUCCCAGACCUGAGGCUGAGCCGGCAGUGAGGGCUGCUCGGCCCCUCGCCCGCCCCCCCGAGCUGCCGUCCCCGGAGCUCCUGCACCCCUGCUGUUACCAGCCAGAGGCACGCGGAUGUGAGGUCCCAGAUCACCUGCAGGGACUUGGGGUUCCCAUCUGAAAUCCUUUAUUUUUGUAUCGCGGGCUGGGCCUCCGGCCCGAGACCGAAGAAGCGCUCUCCCCACCGCUGCCUCUGUCUGCGCCUGCGCGGCCGGGACUUGCCCGGGCCUCCGGGGCUGGGCUGGGCUGCCUGCCCGUGGCCAAAGUGUGGCGCUGUGCAGCGGCGGCCUCCAGGCCCCCUCGUCCCUGCCCCCUGCUGCAUGGCGGACGUGGCCCCUCCAGGCCCGGUCACGUCCGCUCCUUGAGCCUCCGUCUCCUGCUGCCCCCCCUCCCCUGUGCUGGCGGGUGCAGGAGGCGCCCUUCUGGCACCUGCCCUGGGCGGGGGCGUGGAGUCAGGUACUGGGGAGUCGGGGCGUGACUUGGCCUCCACCUUGGCUGCCCCACUCCCACCCAUCUGCAUCGCCCACAGGGCGCCCUGGCCUGGGCUCCACAGGCCGAUGCUUGGGAGCUGUGACGGGGGAGGGUAUGGGCAAGGCGGGGGCCACGCACGGGGCCCCUGCACGUGACUCCCCAGGGUGGGGCCUCGCUCCUCGGCUGUGUCCACCCACCAUGUAAUAAAGCCCGAAGAAGCAGCCCGGCCUGGCCAUUCC